CUACCCCGCCAUCAAUGCGAUCCAUAUGCCCCGCCUUAAAUUCCCCUCGGCCCCCCUCCCCGCCACCCCACCCGGGUCGCAUCCCGCGGAAUCGCUUGCUCCUUCCUACUGGCGCUGCCUGCCGCUCGCUCGCCAUUGCUGACCUCACGGCAGCCUCGUCACCGCGUUGCAGGCCUCGCCCCCGCAUUGCCGCUGCCGCUAUAUAAGCACGCGCCGCACGCGAGGAGAUUAGUCUGUUAGUAUCGUUGGAGAGAGCCGAGCGAGACGCGCAAGCAACCGGAGGGGAUAUCGACGAAGGAAGGAGAGGGGAGGGAUGGUGUUCUUCUGCUUCCUGGUGGAUCAGCGGCGGACGGUGCGGAGCAGCAAGCCGGCGGCGGGGAUCUGCUCGCGGUGCGGCGGGUGCGCGAGCGUGGCGGACAUGGAGACGGCCACCAGGGUCUGCUACCUGCUCACCGUGCACCGCCGCACCUGGCGCGCCAUCAUCUGCACCUUCUGCGGCGCCAUGCUCAAGUCCUACCGCCACUACAGGCUCUACUGAUCUCCAUCGACGGCUUUCUUGGUCGGUGACCUUGCACUCGGCGAAUAUUGGAUAUUUUUUUGUUCCCGCUUGAUUAUGCUCGGUUUGCAGAUUGUAAUGGCAGCUUGCCUGUGCAUGCAUGUAAAUAUGGGAUCGGUGCCAUGAAGUGAACUCUAUGUCCGACUAACAAAGUGAUCCAUAUCUUGUUCCUUUUCCCUCUACUUAUGGAAGCAAGAGCGAUUUUUCUUCUGAAACAA